AUGUCUACCUUCUCGGCCACACCCAACAAUACACCCACUUCUCUCCUGAACCACCACAAUUCAUUAUUCUAUAAUCCAAGUUGCCUGCCUUCACUUUCAAACAUUCAGAGAAGCCAUCCCAAGACUUCACCUGUUGCUUUCGAUGGCGUCAGGUUACAACAUAAGCAGGCUAAUGUCCAAAAAACAGUUCCUGGGGUGCUGAAUUCCAGGUUCUUGCAAAUUGGUUCUGAGGAAAGCUCCUCUAGUAGACAUGUUUUAGUGAAAUCAACUGGUGCAGAGAGUGCUGGCGGUUCCACUGUGUCUCAAAGUGUGCUUGGGAUUUUGCAUCUGAUUGUUUCAGUUGGUAUUUUUCUUGCAAUGGACAAUUUUUUGAAGCAAGCAUUUGUGGCGGCUUCCAUUAAGUUCCCCAGUGCGCUUUUUGGGAUGUUUUGUAUAUUCUCCAUUCUAAUUAUUCUUGAUUCCACUGUUCCUGCUGUGGCAACAAGCUUGAUGAACUUCUUCGAGCCGGCACUACUGUUCAUCCAGAGAUGGCUGCCAUUGUUCUAUGUUCCUUCUUUGGUUGUUUUGCCACUUUCUGUAAAAAGUAUUCCCGCUGCUUCCGGCAUCAAGAUCUGCUAUAUUAUAGUUGGAGGCUGGCUGGCUUCACUUGCUGUUGCAGGAUAUACAGCAAUAGCUAUUAGAAGAAUGGUAAAGACAGAAAUGACAGAUGCUGAGCCUAUGGGAAAACCCUCUCCAUUUUCUGCGGUUGAAGUGUGGUCUUGGAGUGGGAUCCUCCUGAUAUCAUUUGUUUCUGCAUUAUUAUAUCCAACAGCCCUGGGGACAAGUGCUCGAACAUGCCUUCCAUUCCUACUUGCAUCAACUGUGUUGGGCUAUAUAGUUGGUUCUGGAUUGCCAUCAGCUGUGAAAAAGGUUUUCCACCCGAUUAUUUGCUGUGCACUAUCUGCAGAUUUGGCAGCAUUGGCUUUUGGAUACUUCUCUAAGUCUGGGCUUGACUCUGUUCUUGGAUCUUACCUUACAAAGGUUUCAUCUAAUCCUGGAGCUGGUGAUGUUCUGAUGGGAUUCUUGGGGUCUGUUAUCCUCUCAUUUGCCUUCUCAAUGUUCAAACAGAGGAAGCUAGUCAAGAGGCACGCAGCUGAGAUUUUCACAUCCGUCAUCCUGUCAACCAUAUUCUCGUUGUAUUCAACUGCUCUUGUCGGACGUCUUGUUGGGUUGGAACCUGGUUUGACUGUCUCAAUUCUACCACGAUGUAUAACUGUGGCAUUAGCACUCAGCAUUGUGUCUUUGUUUGAAGGUACCAAUCCAUCGCUCACAGCCGCUGUGGUUGUAGUAACUGGUCUGGUUGGAGCUAAUUUUGUGCAAGCAGCACUUGAUAAACUACAAUUCCGUGAUCCUAUAGCUCGAGGGAUAGCUACUGCAUCUAGUGCUCAUGGAUUGGGAACAGCAGCAUUGUCGGCCAAGGAACCCGAGGCUCUCCCAUUUUGUGCCAUUGCUUAUGCUCUGAAUGGUAUAUUUGGCUCUUUGCUUUGUUCAAUUCCAGCAGUCAGGCAAAGCUUGCUUGCUGUAGUUGGAUGA